AUGGCUACCUCGUUCUUGACGAGGAGCUUUCGUCCCGCCCAAGAGGACAGGGACGCGGAACCCGGUUGGUUAAAGCGUCAGGUUACCGGUGGUUUACAGGCCAUUUCUCGUCGUGCCUGCUUGCAUCCUAUCCACACCAUCGUGGUCAUUGCCCUCCUCGCCAGUACUACGUAUGUUGGUCUUCUCGAAGGCAGCUUUUUCGAUACCGUUAGAAAUCCCAGGGAUCUUGCGGGCCAGGUGGAUGUCGACUUGCUCCUCCAAGGCAGCAGGAGUCUCCGCUUAGGUGAGAGUACCUCUUGGAAGUGGCAAGUUGAGGACGCGUCGUCGCCAAACGAGCAGAAGGUCGCUCAACACCUCGCGUUGACCACCUUCAUCUUCCCCGAUUCCACCUCCAAGUCCGCUCCUCCCGCUCCCGUUGCCCACGAUGUCCCGGUUCCUUCGAAUGCCACCGCUCAAUCCGUUCCCUUUACGCCUAACCUCUUUUCUCCCUUCUCCCACGACUCGUCUCUGGCUUUUACCGUGCCAUUUGAGCAGGUUUCCGACUUUCUAAAGGCGGUGCAGGAGAUCCCUGACCCCUCCGCGGACACCAGUGAGGUGGAACAGAAGAAAUGGAUCAUGAGAGCUGCUCGUGGCCCGGCUGGGUCGUACAAAGCCAUCGGUCUCUGGCUGGUUGAUGCCUGGGGCUCGUUCGUGGACUUGAUCAAGCACGCCGAAACGAUUGACAUUGUGAUUAUGGCUCUGGGCUACCUGUCCAUGCACUUGAGCUUCGUCUCUCUGUUUGUCUCCAUGAGACGCCUGGGUUCCAAGUUCUGGCUGGGCGCAACCGUUCUGUUCUCGGGCGCAUUCGCCUUCCUGUUCGGUCUUUUGGUCACCACAAAGUUGGGAGUCCCAAUCAACGUGCUCCUGCUGUCCGAAGGCCUUCCUUUUCUCGUUGUCACCAUCGGUUUUGAAAAGCCCAUUAUCCUCACCAAGGCCGUCCUCAACGCUUCGGCAGAUGGCAGACGGCAGAGCUCUCGGGCCAACGGUGCAGCUUCGCAGCCUAACGGAAGCGGUCAGACGACCUCUAGCACCCCUAGGUCCAUUCAGGACUCGAUCCAGACCGCCAUCAAGGAACAGGGCUUUGAGAUUGUUCGCGACUACGGUAUUGAGAUUGCAAUCCUCGCAGCCGGUGCGGCGUCGGGAGUGCAGGGCGGCCUUCGGCAGUUCUGCUUCCUCGCCGCCUGGAUCUUGUUCUUCGACUGCCUCCUGCUCUUCACCUUCUUCACCACAAUCCUCUGCAUCAAGCUGGAAAUCACUCGUAUCAAGCGUCAUGUGGCCCUUCGCAAGGCUCUGGAGGAGGAUGGCAUCACCCACCGCGUCGCGGAAAAUGUGGCCUCCAACAACGACUGGCCUCAGGCCGGAUCGGGAGCUAGUGACGCUGGAGACGGUGUCUUUGGUCGUAAGAUCGAGUCUAGCAGUGUGCGACGCUUCAAGAUCCUCAUGGUUGGCGGCUUUGUCUUGGUCAACUUGGUGAACUUGUCCGCUAUUCCCUUCCGCAACGCUGAUAACAGCACUGGUCUUCCCGUCAUGUCGCGCGUCUCCAAUUUCCUGGCGGGGCCGACCCCGAUUGAUCCAUUCAAGGUCGCAGAGAACGGUCUCGACUCCAUCUAUGUCACAGCUAAGAGCCAGAUGAUGGAGACCGUUGUGACUGUCAUCUCGCCUAUUAAGUACAAGUUGGAAUAUCCCUCUGUGCACUACGCCGCGGAGGAGACUCGCGGUUUGGACAUCGAAUACACAGAUCAAUUGUUGGACGCUGUUGGUGGUCGUGUGAUUGAGAGCUUGCUGAAGAGCCUCGAAGACCCCAUCUUCAGCAAGUGGAUCAUCGCUGCUCUGACCUUGAGUAUCAUUUUGAACGGAUACCUGUUCAACGCCGCUCGAUGGAGCAUCAAAGAGCCCGAAACUGCCCCUGCUGCCCCGAAAAUUGUCGAGGAGCCCAAGGUCUACCCCAAAUUCGAUACCGUUCAAGAAGGAUCCAAGCGCUCCCCCGAGGAAUGUGAGGCCAUGCUCAAGGACAAGCAAGCUCCUCUUAUGUCUGAUGAAGAAUUGGUCGAGCUUUCGCUUCGCGGUAAGAUUCCUGGAUAUGCGCUGGAGAAGACCAUGGAAGACGAGAACCUCAUGAGCCGUGUCAAUGCUUUCACCCGGGCGGUCAAGAUCCGUCGGUCUGUCGUGUCGCGAACCCCGGCUACUUCCUCUGUCACCAGCUCGUUGGAAACCUCCAAGCUCCCGUAUGAGCAUUACAACUACACGCUUGUUCACGGCGCAUGCUGUGAGAAUGUUAUUGGUUACCUGCCCUUGCCCCUUGGUGUUGCCGGUCCCUUGAAGAUCGACGGCCAAAGCUACUUUAUCCCCAUGGCCACUACUGAAGGUGUCCUGGUUGCCAGUACCAGCCGUGGUGCUAAAGCCAUCAACGCCGGCGGUGGUGCGGUUACAGUGCUUACGGGUGAUGGUAUGACUCGUGGUCCUUGUGUUGGUUUCCCGACUCUUGCUCGGGCAGCCGCUGCCAAGGUUUGGAUUGACUCUGAGGAGGGAUCGAACAUCAUUAAGGCGGCUUUCAACUCGACUAGUCGCUUCGCUCGCCUUCAGCACCUGAAGACUGCCCUUGCUGGUACCUAUCUCUACAUUCGGUUCAAGACCACCACUGGUGACGCCAUGGGUAUGAACAUGAUUUCCAAGGGUGUCGAAAAGGCACUCAAUGUCAUGUCUACCGAAUGCGGAUUCAGCGACAUGGCUAUCAUCUCCGUGUCUGGUAACUUCUGUACGGAUAAAAAGUCCGCAGCCAUCAACUGGAUCGACGGCCGUGGCAAGUCGAUCGUCGCGGAGGCUAUCAUUCCUGGCGAGGUUGUGCGCAGCGUGCUCAAGAGCGAUGUCGACGCACUGGUUGAGUUGAACACUAGCAAGAACCUGAUUGGUAGUGCCAUGGCGGGAAGCUUGGGUGGUUUCAACGCCCACGCGUCCAACAUUCUCACGGCUAUCUUCUUGGCCACCGGUCAAGACCCUGCACAGAACGUUGAGAGCAGCAGCUGCAUCACCACUAUGAAGAAUCUCGAUGGCAACCUCCAAAUCGCCGUCUCGAUGCCCUCCAUUGAAGUCGGAACCAUUGGUGGCGGUACUAUCCUUGAAGGACAGUCGGCCAUGCUUGACCUGCUUGGAGUGCGCGGGUCUCACCCCACGAACCCCGGUGACAACGCUCGUCAAUUGGCACGGAUUGUGGGAGCCGCAGUGCUCGCUGGAGAACUGAGUCUGUGCUCUGCACUGGCCGCGGGCCAUCUCGUGCGAGCCCACAUGGCCCACAACCGUGGCAGUGGUGCUCCCAGUGCUGCACCGACGCGGUCGGCAACACCAGUCUCGGCCGCCGUCGGAGCCGCUCGGGGAUUGACCAUGACGAAUUCGAAAUAG